GCCGGUCUAUCAAUGUUGCAUCUUGGCCUAUGUCACAUCACUGGAGAGGCGGUCUGAAAACCUUCCUCUUCUGCAGGAACUCAACGUUCACAAGCGGGGAUCAGACUCAGAGCACGUCAUACGAUGCAUCUUGUCAGCUUACCAGCUUUUCAACCAGCAUGGCAAUGCGCCGCAAUUCCAACCCCAAACUCUGUGGCGCGCGACGGGUGGACUCGUGUACAACUAUGGCUCGCAACAUGUACAGUGCACUGCACAGCGUGUAUGGCUGUAUGUGCCGUUUACGUGCGUGGCUAGGCUUGGCGCUCGGCUGGCGAGUGUCGGCUGAAGUUCACGUAGUGAAAGUUACGAGGAGUGCUCCGGCGGGGCUGUUCAUCUUUGCCAAAGCGGUCCAGCAGGGGCUACGUUCGAACCGCUGCCACCAUGUAAUAUUUUGGGUGUGUAAAUAAGCACACAAGUUAUGAAGACAAUCGGAAUAGUUCAGCCAAUUUAUUCAUUUGUAUCUUCGUGUCAGUCUUCCAUGACGGGAGUGUUAAAACAAUGUACUUGUUUACAUAUCAUUUGUGGGCAUUGAUGCGCAUAGUAAAAUAGUCCAAUAUCAUUACAAAAGGAACGUUUUUUUGCAUACACAAUUGUAGACUCGGAACUGUAGAUUUGUGCAUGGGACGUUUUGUGGGUGCCAAAUUAGAAUAAUAAAUUGAUUAAUUUCUGUGGCUAACUUUGCCAAAAAUAUUACGUUUAUGUGGCUAACUUUGCCAAAAAGGGAAAUAAAAUUUGACAGGCUUUUGUCUAUAAAUAAUAAGAUAAUCUGGGCAGUAUUUUUGCCGUUGAAAAUUAAAUAAGGUCUGUAUUUAUUUAUAAGUGCUGAAGAAUAAAUAAAAGGAACCACCUGGGUUAUCGGUAAAGGAAAUAAUUAAAUGCGACGUCACCGUAGCUCACCUAUUAGCUGUAUGCUACUGCCAAACCGGUUCACUACGGCAACGAAGCAGAAACUCACGGACUAAUAUAAAUGAAAUUAGAAGACUUGAAUUGUGGAGCGUGACGAUGUAGGCCUGUCUUGCUGCCGGUUGAGCUAACACGGAACUGGGGGCUCGUGCAUGGAACCAAUGCUGCUUUAUAAGAAAAAGGACACGCUUGGCUACUCGCGUUGCGUAGGUGCAGCUGCCAAUAAUAAUAAUAGGAAUUCAGGCUACUACAGACGGACGUGCGUUGUCCUGGACGUGGUAUAUGGCCUCUGGCGUGUAGAUGGCCUCCGCGGAAAUAGCUGCAGUGUACUUGUCAUUGCAAAUUUAUUUACCGGUGAUAGGAACGAUGGAACAGCAGCAAUACAGACAGUUGGGGGCAGAUAGGAGGAACCGUUUUGUGGGAUUGCUGGCCAUACUAGGCACAUGGGUCAACUGGUUCAUUUGGGUGGGUACGGUUAAAAGUCUCGCCACGCUGCUACCGACUCUACGGGACCAGAUGGAAACAUAUACAUGGGUUAUCGGUUGGAUUAUUGUGAUCAUGGAAGUCACUGCUGAUCUCAUUGGCCCAUUUGCAGCCCCUCUUGGAAGGCGCUUCGGUGUCCGGAUUUGUGUGAUGGUCAGUGGUUUGAUGAUCGGCCUCGCUUUCAUCAUUGCCUCGUUUUCGUCAGCUGCGGUAAUGGCAGUUGUGUUGGCAGUCUUAGCUGGACCCGGACUUGGGAUUUCUAAUGUUUUGUGCAAAGAGCUAGUUGGAAAAUGUUUUAGCUCACGGAGAAUCUCAACAGCUUUCGCCAUCUCUCAAUCUGGUGCAUCUAUCUCAUAUAUGGUUGUGCCACCAAUGACGCAAUUAUUCUUGGAUACAUAUGGCUGGAGAGCCACUAUGCUUCUUUUGGGCGCCAUUUUCUUUCACAUGACGGUUUGUGGCGCCCUCUUCCGGUUCCCGCCAAGCUGUGGCGUGAUAGUGGCUUCAAACUACUCGGUCAUACCAGAUGAUUGUGUCCAGGAAGAACACCAAAGCAACGACAACGCCUCGAGAGAACCAAACGAGCAUCAGAAAAUGUCAGCUUUCCGAGCCCUCUGCCAACAUCUCAACACUGAACUCUUCUUCAAUCGGUCAUACUGGUGCUUAGCAGUCAUGGGCAUUGUGAAUAAUGUCAGCACUUUAGGCUGGGCGGUGUACUUCGUUCCUCACACUCAGACCAAGGGUUUCACACCGAAGGAAUCAGUCAUCCUGACUGCGAUCAUGGGAAUGACGAAGGUUGUCGCUGCUUUCACUCUCGGACCCCUGAUGGACAAAGUUAAGAUAGUCAGCUCCAGGGGGUUCUUGGGAAUUGCUCUGACGUCACUCACCGUGUAUUACCUUAUCGACCCAUGGCUUACAUCUUUCUGGUUGAAUGCGAUUAAUGUUGCCAUCUACGCCUGUUCAUCCUUCUUGGUUUGGCUUCUGACUGAUGUUUUGGUGUGCGAAGUAGUCACAGCCGAUCAACUGGGCAGUGCAUUCGGCUGGAUAGGAAUAAAAUGCGCUGUUUUCUCUUUCGUCCUUCUUUAUUUACCAGGAUUGACCUUUGACCUUGGAGGAAGCUACACCUUACCGUUCAUGCUGCUGGGAGGUCUUCAGAUAUUUGCAAUCGUUGCUUUGAUAUUGUUAGUUGUCGAACAAAGCCGAAAGUGACAUAUCGGCAUUACGUUUCAAGUGUGGGUAUUCGGUAGUAGGUGGGGCAUCUUGUUCAUUCAUUCAUUCAUUUUCAUGAUGACUUGAUGAGUUGGGCCCAACUGUCCCUGUCGAGCAU